AAGCCCGGGGUUGGGGAGUGGAGUGGCACAAGCUCCUGGGAAAGACAGGCUGACCUCCCUCCCUGCACCCGCGGCGGCAAGGCCGGAACCCCUGGGUCCCUAGAGACGUGUGGCCCCGCCCCCGCAGCGUCCCUCCGACCCGACGGCCGCCGCGUCUCCAUGGAAACGGCCCAGGCAUCCACCCAGCCGAGAGCACGAUGGCUACUGGGGAGCUCGGGGACUUGGGCGGCUACUACUUCAGGUUCUUGCCUCAGAAAACCUUCCAGUCUCUGAGCUCUAAAGAGAUCACCAGCCGACUCCGCCAGUGGUCCAUGCUGGGCAGAAUCAAGGCGCAGGCGUUCGGCUUUGACCAGACCUUUCAGUCCUAUCGGAAGGAUGAUUUCGUUAUGGCUUUUUUCAAAGACCCAAAUGUUAUUCCCAAUUUGAAGUUACUUUCAGAUUCUUCUGGACAAUGGAUCACAUUAGGAACUGAAGUGAAAAAAAUUGAAGCUAUAAAUGUUCCUUGCACACAGCUUUCAAUGUCAUUUUUUCAUCGGUUAUAUGAUGAAGAUAUUGUACGAGACAGUGGACAUAUUGUUAAAUGUUUAGAUUCUUUUUGUGAUCCAUUUCUCAUUUCUGAUGAGUUACGAAGAGUUUUGCUAGUGGAAGACUCAGAAAAAUAUGAAAUAUUCAGCCAACCAGAUAGAGAAGAGUUCCUGUUUUGUCUUUUCAAACAUCUUUGCCUUGGUGGAGCCCUUUGUCAAUACGAAGAUGUGAUUAGCCCAUAUCUGGAAACAACAAAGCUUAUCUAUAAGGAUCUGGUGAGUGUUCGAAAGAAUCCUCAAACCAAGAAAAUACAGAUUACCUCUUCUGUCUUUAAAGUUUCAGCCUAUGAUUCUGCUGGUAUGUGCUAUCCUUCAGCAAAGAAUCAUGAACAGACAUUUUCUUACUUUAUUGUGGAUCCUAUCAGGCGUCACCUUCAUGUUUUAUACCACUGUUACGGUGUGGGAGACAUGUCUUAAUGCUCUUUCAGAUUAUGUACCUCUACUAUUUUUUAUUUAUCAUUUUUCUAUCUUAAUACUAACUUAUAGAUAAACAUAUACUUUGCAAAUUAAUUCAAGAAAAAUGUAAGGAGCCUACUUAGAGCAAAAGAAAGCAAACACCAAGAUGCCUUUGUAAAAAUUUGUGUGGAAUACUAACCGGGGAUCAAAUUUCAUCCAUAAUAAAAUCUAUACCAAAAAAGUUGUGGAAUUUUUACAAAAAGUUACAAGGAAUUAGAAAUCUAGUUCAUAUUUGUUGCAUUGUGAUUCAAGUGAAUCCUCAAUUUUCCAUGUAUUUUAAUUUAUAAGCUAAUUAAUUAUGGAUUGAAAAUGUAGCAGAAAACUAAACAUUUCUACCACUGAUCAUUAAUAUGAAUUGUUAGUUUAUUUAACUUGUUUCAUUUAAUUACAUUUCUUCAUUGCACAGGCGUUUACAUCUCUAAAGCUAGGCAAAGCAUAACAAUUAUUUUGCUUCAUUUGUUCCACUUAUAAGCCUCAAUAAAGAAGUAAUGUUCUGGGGCCUGGCACGGUGGCUCAUGCCUGUAAUCUCAGCACUUUGGGAGGCCAAGGCGGGCGGAUCACAAGGUCAAGAGAUCGAGACCAUCCUGGCCAACAUGGUGAAACCCCGUCUCUACCAAAAGUACAAAAAUUAGCUGGCUGUGGUGGCGUGUGCCUGUAGUCCCAGCUACUCAGGAGGCUGAGGCAAGAGAAUCACUUGAACCCGGGAAGUGGAGGUUGCAGUGAGCCGAGGCUGUGCCACUGUACUCUAGCUCCGGCAACAGAGCAAGACUCCGUCUCAGAAAAAAAAAAGGUUCUGAAAGUGGUCGUAAACUCUUUUAUCACAUAAUAAAUUAAAACUGCUGCUGUCCCACGGCUAAUACAAGAGCUACAUGUAAACAGAGAAAGUUGCCUGAUGGCAUUAGUAAGUUGUUCAAAGAGUGAGAAGCAGGUUAUCUUAGUACUGUUCCUUAUUUCAUUCAUAGAAUGAAUGUAUAACCUAGAUUGUUUUUGGGUUUUUUUUAUGGCAAAAAUCAUUGACAUAUAUCCCAUGGGUCAUGGGAAGCCUGUAAGAAAUGUUGAGGUUUGAGGAGGAGCAAGUUUGAAAGAUGUGUUUCUGUGUUGUGGGAUAAAGACGAUAAUCUUGGACUUGAACCUGGAUUUGAAUCUGGAAUGCAGCUGGCAAUUUGGAUAUAGAGCUCAGGAGAAAGAGUAUGUUUUACUUCUAAUACCUAACACAAUGACUUGGCAUAUUAAAUGUUUAUUGAAUGAAUAACUACUUUCCAGAUAUCCUCAUAAUACCCAUAGAUUUUUUUAAAUUACAUAAAAACAUAAAAUCAAGAACUGAAAUGUCUGUUUGCUACCAGCUUUGCUGCUUGCCUCACAGUUCCCUAUAACCUGAGACCCUUUCGAUCAAUCAAGUGGCCAAUCAGUAAUUCUUUUUGAAUACCAGUUCUGUGCAAGGCACUGGGCAGUUUACUUUGGGGAAACAUACACUCCCUAUAAACCUAUUUAGGAAGGUAAUCUUUAAGAGUGUGACUACCAAUAGUGAUUGUUGCAUGAAUUCAGAGAUAGAAGAGAUCACUCUGAACUAAGAUAGGCUUAGUCUGGCUUCUAUGGAAAGACUGGUGGGAUAUCAGUAACGGAAGAGAACAGCAGUUCAAGGGAGCGCAUGAUGUGGCGAGGUACUCUGGGCUUGGCCCUCGGAUGAAAGUCCAGAGGCGAAAGAUGGGAAAGUGAUACUGAGGAAUUGCCACUAUUUUUUCUCUGCUCUAAAGGUGGAGGUAGAUAGGACCUUUGAGGAAAGAUUGCUCCGUUGUUUUGGAAAAAUCAUUUGAUGACUCAUUUGUGAUUAUGCAAAUUAUCUGUAUUAUAAGGCAUAAUAGAGAUAAAGAGUUUGGACUGGGC